UUUUCUAGCUUUUUUAGUGCAAAGUUUCACCCUUGAAAAGUUCCGUGGAAACAAAAGCUGCUUUUUUUACCAUCUCAUUUUCUCUCUCUUUCUCUAUCUCUCUCACUCUUUCUUUCUCUGUUCUAUCUAUAUCUAUGUAUCUUGGAACUGCUCAGAAGCUUCACACUGUUCUUGUGGAAAAAAACCAUUCAACAACAACAACACUACCAUUAAUUAAUACACAAGGGGACAUGUCUAAUAAGGAUCCGGGUAUUAGGCUCUUUGGCAGGAAGAUUCCGUUGCCGGAAUCUCAGAUUCCGGCCACUUCUCAGGUGGGAUAUCAGAUUCCGGCCAACUCUGCAACCAUGAAUGCUUACAAUGGCAUAAAGAAAAAAGAAGUUGAAAUGCCCUGUGCUGAAAACUCUGAGAAUAGCAAGCAAGAGACCCCACAUAAUAAUCCGCAGGAAAAUGAGUCAAAAGUAAACUCCAAAGCAGUAGAAAAUAACACAGAGAGUAGCAGCACAGAUGAAGAUAAAAUCUUGAAGAAACCAGACAAGAUUCUGCAUUGUCCUCGAUGCAACAGUUUAGACACCAAAUUCUGUUAUUUCAAUAACUACAAUGUGAAUCAACCUCGGCAUUUCUGCAAGAACUGCCAAAGGUAUUGGACUGCAGGUGGAACCAUGAGAAAUGUUCCAGUGGGUGCUGGGAGACGAAAGAACAAGCACCUAGCUUCUCAAUAUCGUCACAUUAUUGUAUCCUGUGACGGAAUUCCAACUACAAGUGACUCUUCUUGUCACCAACUUUCAACAACACUUCAAUCUGCCGCUGUUUUCAGGUCUUCAACAGAUAAUGGUACUGUGUUGAAAUUUUCUCCUGAUGCCCCUCCUCUCUGUGAAUCCAUGGAGUCAAUGCUUAAUCUCAAAGAACAAAAUCAUGAAAAAGUGGAGGAGGAAGUAUCCUUAUGUGGAUCAUCAUCUAUGACCAAUGCUUGCACUCCAAGAAACAAAUCAACUGAACCAACUGCAUCAAAACCUCUGCAGUGUUAUCCUGUUCCUCCGUGGAUAUUCCCUUGGAAUCAAGAUUGGAACAAUGUUGCUUCCACUGCAUCAGUUCACCCCUCUUCACUACAAAUUUGCAACCCUUAUACCAGUGCCGACCCUGCUUCAAUGCAGUGGUGUCCUACACCGAUCAUGGCAGUUCCAACAAUCUACCCACCAAGCUUUCCCUUGCAAUUUGUUCCUGGAUCAUACUGGGGUGGAACAGGAGCAGCUUCAACGGGUUUCAAUGGCUGCCUUUCACCUACUUCCUCUACCAGUAAUAGCUGCUGCUCCGGCAACGGCUCCCCAACACUUGGAAAACACACAAGAGACAACCUUUCAACAGAUGAACAAAAAUCAGACAUGUGUGUGUUGGUUCCAACGACCCUUACAAUUGAUGAUCCAAAUGGGGCCUCAAAAUUGGCCUCAUCAGGAACCAACCCUGAUAACCAGCAAUGUGUACCAGAAGGUGCUAUUUCAAAAAGGGCAAAGGCUAGAGAAGGGAAAGACCGUGUCUUGGGUGUGUCUCAAAUCUUGGAAGCUAACCCUGCAGCGAUUUCUCGUGCUCAUGCAUUCCAAGAGGGCAUUUGAUGAGUUUCUAGCCUCCACUUCCCCUUCGUAAUCCUGUGCAUAUUGGUUGGUUCACAUGCAUAAAAUUUGUUUUGCAGGUAGCGUUUUUAGUUUGUGCAGUACAUUUUGUAUCUACAUUCUGUUGUUUUAAAUCUAUUUUUGAGUUAUGAUCUCUGAAAUUGUUGAUUCUUGGAGACGCUAGCUAGUGCAGCAAUAAUACAGUGAUCCCUGCAUCACUCACCAUUUCAGGUAGUGUAAAUGGCAAGUUUAGUCAUUGUUGUCUGUAACAAAUUCUUAGGUUUCUUGUCCCUUGUUCUAACGAAGAAUUCUUAGUUUCUCUGAAAAUAAUGCUACACCAAAUCAAUUAAAAACA